UUUGCGUAUAAUACUGACUGCUCGUGCUGUUUACUGUGCCUUGGUUUCAAUUCUCCGUUUCAAUCUUCCUUUUCCAGUGACCACCUGUAUCAAGUUGCAAGUUAAUCAAUCAUGGCCGAAGUCGAAGACCAGCCCGUUCCCCUCACCGAGGUCACCGAGGAAGCUGUCCAACCUAAUGAUCCGCCUACCGAUCCCCUCGUUGAGCUUCCAAAAUCUCCCGAUGAAUCCCCAGAGAAGACCGUGACCCCAAAGUCGGCAUCGAGGGAGAAUGUCCCUCCCAAACGUCCUCUCACCACCAGCGCCGCUCCUCGACGUCCAGGAACCACCAGUACCCGACCAACCUCUACCGCAACCGCUUCCACACCGGCCUCCCGCGCCCACAUUGGAAGCAGCUUGUCCAAACCUCCUACACGACCCGCCGCAGGGAGCUCCGUUCGUCGCGGAACCGCCACCUCGACCAAGUCCACCUCCGAUGCCGAACAUGGUUCCCUCACCUCGGGUGAUGAAGCGAAGAAGACCGGCGUUCACGCUCCAUCGCGACGAAUCUCCACGCUCUCCUCCAGCACAAGCUCCAGAGCCGCCCCGAAGACCACAACCACGUCAGACCGAAGGUCGACCAUCACCCCCGGCUCGUCGGCUACAUCUGCCGCGAGGAAACCGACGACGACGGCCACCACCACGCGUCCGAGUCCCAUCAGCCCGACGAGGACACGCACGUCAACUGGAGCAACACCGGCGAGAACCCCUGCGUCUUCGCUUGCAUCGAGGACAACGAAGCCAACCACGUCCGCUCCCUCGUCGAGGAGCACGGUGACUGCGCCGAAGAAGCCUGGCACAGCUGCCGCAACCUCGGGCACAGGCCUUAGGUACAUACAUCUCUUGGCUUGUAUAUAAUAAACCCUAACUAGCAUCAGGAGAACCACUACCGCCACCUCUGCGAAACCUGCACCGAAACCAACCGCCGCAAAGCCCGCCCCAGAAGUCGAUGCCGACACAGCCGCCAGCGACAAGGAACUCAAUGUUCGCGAAACGCUGGAGGCGCAAAUCAAGGAUCUCCAAUCUGAGAUCGCCGUCCUCCAUAGCGAAAAGGCCGGCGGACGCGAAUCCGCGGCCGACGACAUCGAAGCCAAAGCCGCCGCCAUCGCGGAGCUCGAAGAGAAGC